UACUGGAAUGUUAUUUCAUCCAUUGUAUGGAAACAGAGGUGUUCAAACAAAUAGGCAUUAAGUACAGACACGGUUUGUGUAGAUUUAUCAAACACAUCACCACAAGCACUAUGGGAAACCGUAAAAGUACAGCACUAUUGAGGUCGUGUAAGAAUGGUGAUUAUGAUAGCAUUGUGCCGUUGCUGAAACGCGGAGCCAGCGUUGAAUAUACUGAUUUGUAUGGUAAUACUCCAUUGCUUGCGGCUAUCACGAAUCAUCAUACAAAUUGUGUAGAGUUGUUACUGAAUAAUGAAUAUUCCCCUGCCAAUACAAAACACAGGGACAAGACUGUGAACACACCUUUAAUGGUGGCAGUAAAUAAUGUAGAUAUUGUCAGAUUGUUGAUAAACAGUGGGUGCCAAUUAAAUAAGACGAAUCGGUUUAAAGAUUCUGCACUACACCUGGCUGUCCGAUUUAACAAUGUUAAAGUGGUUGAAUUACUUCUGAAAAGUGGUAUUGAUGUUACCCUUAAAAAUAAGAAUGGCCGUACCGCACUACAGAUGGCUUCCAUUCUUAACUACGAGAGAAUUUUCAACAUAUUGGUCCGAGAUGCAUUGGUGUCUCGUGAAAGGGCGCAGUUCAAAAAAUUACUUAAACACGUCGCUUUCUUGGAUGUUGGGUUACUAGAAAUCCCUUACCGUAAAGAAGACUCACAAAUGGUGGAGAUUUUAAUGGAGAGAUAUCUGAACCAGGGUUCUCCCACUUACAAAUGUUUGUUAUUUUAUCCUGUGAAGUAUCGUGACAUAAAGUGGACUAAAAUAUUAAUCGAACGCGGUAUUCCCCUCGAUGCGUCGUUGCUAGACGUCGCUUAUGCAAACCGAGAUUUUGAAAUGGUGGAUAUCUUAAUCGAGAAGGGCCUGGAACAUAAUAUUGAUCAACGAAGUAGUAAACCAAUGAUAAAUUAUGCUGUGAAACAUAGCGACCUAAAGCGGGUUAAAAUAUUACUUGAACACGACAGUCACUUCGAUUUGUUGUUACUAAACGUCGCUUAUAUACACAACGAUUUCGAAAUAGUGAAUAUUUUGAUAGAGAAGGGCUUGGAACAUAAUAUUGAUCAGACAAGUGGUACACCAAUGAUAUAUUAUUGUGCAGUGAAUAAUGACCAUGAAUGGGUUCAAAAGCUGUUGAAUCAUAAAACUUACAACUAUAUUCUAAAUUGUGUAGGGUCGUUUCUAGAUCCG